UCUAAUUUGCCUUUCAUAGCAACGCGUGGCUGAUGCUGUGCACGCUUUCGUCAGAUUUGCGACGCAGGCAUGCGGAUUCUGGCCGUCGACGCUCUGCGACCGGGGUCGGAUCCCGACGCACACGUCUGGAGAACGACGUGGUUGCGUCGUCGUUUCCAGGAGGGACAUAUUGCCAAGGCCGGCGAGCACCUCCUCGGUGACAGCGGCUACCCCCUGGAACCAUGGCUCCUGACUCCGGUCCCAGGCCAUCCUCCCGCUCACACUGCAGAAGGCAGGUACAACACUGCACACGCUUCCAUGCGGUCCGUAGUGGAACGCUGCAUUGGACUUCUGAAGAGCCGCUUCCGCUGCCUUCAGAGGUACCGUGCCCUCCACUAUGAACCAGACCGCGCAGCCAACAUUGUUGCAGCGUGUGCAGUGUUGCACAAUUUGUGUCUUGAUGAGGGUGACAGUGCGUUUGAUGAGGUUGAUGAUGAUGACAGCAGCAACAGCAGCAGUGACGAUGCAAACGGUGGCCCCCUCCCACUUGUAGUUCCCCGAGCGAGGGCAGCACGCAUAAUGUACCUGAAAGGAUGUGCUGCCCGUGACAAUGUAAUUACAUUAUUCAGAACCACACGACAGCAGCACCAGCACUACCUGCGAAGGGUGCGAAGGCGGCUGCGUCGGCAGCAGCACCGACAGCAGCAGUAA